CCGAAAGAGAGUAUCGAUCCAAAUGGGGGUUUUGGUUCUGAAUCUGCUUUUGAUAUACUCAGUUCUUAAUCCCAUGUUCAUUUUCAGUUGUAGCUCUAUGCCGCUUUGAACCAUCUCCUGACCAUGACGCUCGGAGGGAAUGAGACGGAUAGGCUUGCAUUGCUAGCCAUCAAAGCUAACAUACAGCACGAUCCCAACCAGGUCAUGAGCACGUGGAAUGAGUCCAUUCACUUCUGCUCGUGGUACGGUGUAACCUGCAGUCGAAGGCAUCACCAGAGGGUCACAAUGCUGGACCUCAAAUCACAAGGCUUGUCCGGCUUCAUAUCCCCACACAUAGGAAAUCUAAGUUUCCUAAGGGAGAUGUACCUCUAUAGCAAUAACUUCACUCAUGAAAUUCCUCCAGAAAUUGGGCGUUUGCGUAGGUUGCAGGUAUUACAUCUAGCUAAUAAUUCAUUUACUGGCCAUAUUCCUACCAACAUAUCCAAUUGCUUCAAUCUUACCUAUCUCAGUUUCGGGUUCAACAAGCUGGUUGGUGAAAUUCCUUCCCAACUCGGUUUCUUGUCUAAGCUUCAGACAAUUGAUUUCGACCAUAAUAAUUUUACUGGAGAAUUCCCUCCUUCCUUUGGGAAUCUUUCAUCUCUUACGCAGCUCGGUGCAACUGUUAACAACUUGGUGGGUAGCAUCCCUACGUCUCUAGGCCAAUUGAAAAAAUUAACUUUCUUUUCGUUGGGCGGUAAUAUGUUGUCUGGUUCCAUGCCUCCCUCCAUUUUUAACCUAUCUGCCAUUGUUUCUUUUUCCAUACUACAAAACCAAAUUCAAGGAAAUCUUCCCUUAAACUUCAGUGAUGCUUUUCCAGUCAUCAAGGUCUUUAGCAUUUUGGGAAACAAAUUUAUUGGAGGCAUUCCAGUGUCAAUAUCCAAUGCAACAAGUCUAGUGUCCUUCGAUGUCUCCCGGAACAAUCUAACAGGACGAGUGCCCAGUUUGCUACCACUUCAUAACCUCAUGGUUUUCUCAGUUGCAGAUUAUCUUGGAAGUGGUAAAGAUGGUGACUUGAGUUUUGUCUCGGAAAUGAUCAAUGCCACACAAUUAAUGUGGUUGUUUUUAGCCUACAACAAUUUCGGAGGGACAUUGCCCACAUCAAUAUCCAAUCUCUCAACCAAUCUUGAACAGCUUUGGGUUCAAGGAAACAACCUACAUGGUAGCAUCCCAAAGUUGGGGAAUCUUGUCAACUUGCAAUCAUUGUCUAUGGAGGAAAACUCCUUCACAGGCAACAUCCCCACUGACAUUGGGAAGCUUAUAAGGCUUGGGGCAUUGUUUCUUAAUAGCAACAAACUAUCAGGGAGCCUUCCAUCCUCCCUUGGAAAUUUAACCAUGUUAACCCUUCUUUACUUGCAAAGAAAUAAUCUUAAUGGCACCAUCCCUUUAAGCCUUGGGCAAUGCCAGGGGUUACUAGAGUUGGAUCUUUCUCAAAAUAACAUUGAUGGCACAAUACCCCAACAACUGCCUAUUGGCCUCCCUUUUUUAUCAAUUUCUUUGAACUUGUCAAAAAAUCACUUUUAUGGUUCUCUCCCAUUGGAGAUAGGAAAUUUGAAGAAUCUAGGUGCAUUGGAUGUUUCAGACAACUUGUUAUCUGGAGAACUUCCUCCUAGCCUCGGCAGUUGUAAGAGUUUAGAAGUCUUACACUUGCAAGGUAACUUAUUCCAUGGGCUCAUUCCUUCAUCUAUGAGUGAGUUGAGAGGGAUUCGAGAUUUAGACCUUUCUCGCAACAAUUUUUCAGGAGAUAUUCCACAUUUCCUAGAGGGCCUUGGUAACUUGCAAAAUCUGAACUUGUCCUUCAAUGAUUUUUGGGGAGCAGUACCAAUUGGGGGUGUUUUUAAGAAUGUAAGUGCCAAUUCAGUUGUGGGAAACAUUGGGCUUUGCAGCGUCACUGCUAAUCUUCAACUUCCUUUGUGCAAGUCUAAGGAGUCUAAAGGAGCAGGAUUGUCUCGUAGAAUGAAAAUAAUGAUCUCUUUAGUAUCCGGGUUUACUCUUUUGGGAAUUGUUGUGGUGAUCUAUAUUCUAUUUUGUUGUUCAAGAAAGAAAAUGAAAGGAACUGAAUUGAGCACUUUGGGGAACUCUAUGUUGCAAGUUUCAUAUGCUAGUCUCCUAAACGCUACUAAUGGGUUCUCCUCAACUAAUUUGAUUGGCAUUGGCGCUUUUGGGUCUGUGUACAAAGGAAUUCUUGAUGAUGAUGCAACUAUUGUUGCUGUGAAGGUGUUUAACAUGUUACAUCGGGGUGCUUCUAAGAGUUUCAUCUCCGAAUGUGAGGCAUUAAGAAACAUCAGACAUCGAAAUCUGGUCAAGAUUUUAACUGCAUGCUCAAGUAUUGAUUUCAAUGGCAAUGAUUUUAAGGCUCUUGUUUACGAGUUCAUGGACAAUGGGAGCUUAGAGGAUUGGUUGCAUCCAUCUACUGGAACUGAAGAGCUAACAGAAGCACCCAAAAGUUUAAAUCUAGUUCAAAGGGUCGACAUCGCCAUUGAUGUUGCUAGUGCAUUGGAUUAUCUUCACAACCAUUGUGAAACACCGAUUGUUCAUUGCGAUCUCAAGCCAAGUAAUGUUCUUUUGGACAGUGAUCUGACUGGACAUGUUUCUGACUUUGGGCUAUCAAGGUUUCUAACAACACCAACCACUAAUGUGCUUGAAAAUCAGUCAAGCUCCAUUGGAAUCAGAGGAUCGGUUGGUUAUGCUGCACCAGAGUAUGGUAUGGGAAGUGAGGUAUCUGUAUAUGGGGAUGUCUACAGCUUUGGCAUUCUUUUGUUAGAAAUGUUUACUGGGAAGAGACCUACUGAUCACAUGUUCAGUGAUGGCUUGAAUCUUCAUAAUUAUGUGAAGACAGCUCUCCCUGAAUGUGUUUCAGAGAUUUCAAAAUCACUAGCUCUUCAAGAAGGCACCGCCAGCGUCGUUGAAGAUCAUAGACAAUUGAGUGUUACACCACAGAAAAUUGAAGAGGGCUUGACUUUGAUAUUUGGAAUUGGGAUUGCAUGUUCUACUGACUCCCCAACAAACCGAAAGGAUAUCAGUAAUGUUGCAGCUGAAUUGAAGUCCAUUAGGAAAAAUCUACUUGGCUAGGAAGGUUUUAAGUUUUUACUCUUAUGUGAAGGCCUUUAAACAUGUUGACAUAUUGUUUUAUCCUUCAAAUAU